CCUCCGCGGCUCCCUCCGGGCUGAGCGAGCUCAAGACCCCGGCCCGCCCGCCCGCCGCGCCGCCUCCCUUCGCAUCUGGCCGGACCCCUCGGCCCGACGGCCACGGAGUAUGCCUUCAGCCUUUGAGGGGUUGGUCCGGAGCGUGGUCCGGGAGCUGGACCACAGCAGGGAGCUCAUCCCAGUGGACAGUCUUCAGAGCUCCACCAGCUACCAGCCUUACAGACUGCUGAGCAGGAAGUCCCCAAGCUCCUGGUUCUGGAGACCUCGCUAUACCUGUGUCAACCUGUCAAUCAAGGACAUUCUGGAGCCUGAUGCCCCAGAACCAGAGUUGGAGCGUAGUGGCUCUUUCCACUUCUAUGACGCUGUGGACGGCCAGCUGCAGGGCAGUGUGGAGUUGGGAGCCCUGGGACAAGGGAAGAUCUCAGGUGGAGCUGCAGUGUCCGGCAGCUCCAGUGCUUCCAUGAACGUGUGCACGCUGCGUGUGGACCCAAACACUUGGGAGAUCAUGCAACAGGAGAGGCGCCUGCGGCAGCCCGAACACAAGAUCCUGCAGCAGCUGAGGAAUCGCAGGGACAAUGUGUAUGUGGUGACGGAGGUGCUACAGACCCAGGAAGAGGUGAAGGUCACCCAAACCCGCAAGAAGGAGGGCUCGGGCCAGUUUGCACUGCCUGGAAACAUGUGCCUUCAGGGUGAGAGCCAGGGCCACCUGAGCCGGAAGAAUACGGUCACCGUCCCCGCAGGCAGCACCCUUGCAUUUCGAGUGGCCCAACUCAUCAUUGGCUCUGACUGGGACAUACUGUUCUUCCCGGAUGAGAAGCAGAGGACCUUCCCACGGUCCCCCAAAGGCCACAAACCUCCCCGAGGGGCAGGCAGCUCACCGAAGCAAGCCUUCAGACUCUCCUCCAUGUUAGAGUCCAUCCACGACCGCCUCAAGUUCCUGUCAGAUGGGCCACUUGAAGAGUUGGUUGUCACUGAAGACUUCCAGGGCCUGCAGGCAGAGGUGCAGGCUGGCUCUGAGGAACUGGAGCACAUGGAAAAGAACCUGAGACAGCAGCUGCUGGGGGCCCUGGGGAGGAUCCUGAAGGACCCGCUGGCCCUGCAAGCUUUAGAGUCCUCACUGGAGCAGGGCCUAUGCUAUGGCGGGCAAGUGGAGCAGCUGGACGGCCCAGCAGGUGCUGUCCUCGAGUGCCUGGUGCUCCCCUCCAGGAUGCCUGUGCCAGAACUUGCCGCCCCUGUCUUCUACUUGUUGGGGGCGCUGACGGUGCUGAGUGAAACGCAGCGUGAGCUGCUGGCUGACUUGCUGGAGACAGGGACCCUGUUGGAGCAGCUCAAGCUGGUGGAGCACCUCUUGCAGCAGAGCACCCCAUGGCAGGAGCAGAAGGCUAUGUCCUUGCCCCCUGGGCUCCUUGGGAGUAGCUGGGGCAAGGAGGCCCCAGGGUGGACCCUGCUGGAGGAAUGUGGCCUGGUGCUGCAGGUGGGCGCCCCCCAUGUGUGCUGGGAACCUCAGGCCCAGGGCCCCACGUGUGCGCUCUAUGCCUCCCUGACCCUGCUGUCAGGGCUACAUGAGGAGCCCCGUUAACCUGCACGCUGGGCAGCUCUCCAGCCAGGCACCCCCCUGCCAGCCCUAGGAAGGCUGAAAGCCCAUUUAACUACAGGGCCAGCUCACUCAAAGGCCCAGGAGUUGGGAAAACUCAAUAAAUAUGAUGUACAAAGGAAA